GGAAGAGGGGGCGGGGCCUGCGGUGGCCAUGGCGGGCGAGCUGGAGGGCGCCAAGCCCCUGAGCGGGCUGCUGGGCGGGCUGGCCCAGGCCGCCUUCUACGGGCAGCCGCCCGUCACCGAGGAGCUGCUGCGGAGCCAGCUCUACCCCGACCUGCCGCCCGAGGACUUCGCUCCCUUCCUGGCCAAGAUGCGAAGCCUCCUGCAGUCUAUAGCUUCUGCAGACAUGGAUUUCAACCAGCUGGAGGCAUUCCUGACCGCUCAAACCAAAAAACAAGGUGGAAUCACCACUGAUCAAGCUGCAGUCAUUUCCAAAUUCUGGAAACACCACAAAAUGAAAAUCCGAGAGAGUCUGAUUAAUCAAAGCCGAUGGGACAACACUCUUAAAGCCAUGAACUGGAGAGUUGAUUUGAAGUCCCAAUCGAGACACCUAGAUCAAAUUAACACUCCUGUUGCCAUAGUAGAGCUGGAACUCGGGAAGAAUGGACAGGACCAGGACCAUGUUUUGCUCUGCAGUGAAUGCAUAGCCUCGCUCUGACUGCAAGAUGAUACCUGUCACCGAAUAUACUCGUCUGUCUGAAAUACUGGUUGACACCUGGCCCCUGGUUCCUCCCCCAGCAGGCAGCUGUGCUAUCUUGGAGAGUUCCGCGGUCAGGAUGGACAGGUUUAACUGCUCCAGUUGAUAGAGAGAAGUGAGGCUUGUGAUUCAGUUGACCACAGAAUUUCAGCACUGCACUGGCACUGCCUAUAUCCUCAGACUGGUGAAGAGGCCAGGGAUUUUAGAGUAGCACAAUUUAGAGUGGUAUUGGGUCAGAAAGCCCAUCUUCCACAGGAGGAUCAGAAAAGCUUAAAGAGAAGCACAGAAUGCUGCCACUUUUAGGUCAAUGUGAUCAAUAACGUGAACUCCAGCCAAGAAGAAGGAACGUUCUGGGUUAAAAAACUGAGUUUGGAAUGACUUUUUUGUUCGUUUAUUAAGAUUCUGAUUCACUUGUCUU